GUGCGCAACAGUCUCGCGUGAUGAGACUUGAGGCGUCGGUAUUUUCUGUAAAACCGGAGGCAGAAGAGCUUGCCAUUAACCUGCUUUGUGGGACGUGUAAGAAGGCGAGCGGGACAUGUAAGUGACCAUCGGAAGUGUCCCGCGAGAAGCGGGAGUGUUGGGCAAUAUGCUGCUUGUGCCUCAGACGUGCUAUUCUGGCAGCCUUGGAGUCCUGCCAUGACAAGUCCUACAUGGUAUGACCACGGGGCUCUGUAGCUUCAUAUUGUGCAUCUUUCCUUGAAAAGUAUAUUCUGUAUAAUCAGAAAAGCUGCUGCAGUCUUUGAAGAGGGCACACAUUGUUGUAUGUCCUGUGACCCGAACUGGUUCAAGGCAAAUGUGGGUAUCUGUGCCAUCACCCCAAAGUCUCAUAACACCACCACCCUUUUUGGAAGAGUUUGGACACAGACCAGGUGACACAGGAAAAGUGAGGAGAUACAAGGAGCAAGUCUAGUAAUGAGCCACUUGAUCAGUGUACAACAAUAAAUGUAUUUUCUGGAUCUGUAUUCUCUUUUCCAAAAACAGCUGCCCCCUAAGCUGGUUCCUCUGCUGCCCACCUCAUAGUUCAGGCCCUGUCUGUGACUCAUUUCUGCAUUAACCAGUCUGCUAUGAUAACACUGACAUGGUCGGCAUUUCUGCAUAAGGACUGUGUUUAUUGACUUUCAAAACUGUUCAUUAUUGGCACUACACACGAAACUAAUAGAAACUCUAAAGAUUUUGGAUCCCAUUUCCUUCACCCAAGUAUGUCAGAGGGCUGGCCUCAUGCACAGGUUGCCCCUCCCACCGUGCAGCCCUUACAGCAACAACCUUCACAACAUCCUGGAGCAGUUGCACUGGCAGAACACCCUAUUCCCACUCAAGGCUCUGCAGAGAGUUCUUUGGCCUGUGCUGUUUAUGGAAUUCUACUGCAACCAGACUUGGGCAUUCAUCACCAUCCCUUGCCACCCAGUGAACCCCUUCAAAAAUGUGGUCUGUGUGGGCAUGACCUGUCACACUUGCCGAAUCCACAAGAGCAUCAGUGUAUGCCCUCUGCAAGUCAUGACCGCUCAUUCCAGUGUACACAAUGUUUGAAAAUCUUUCACCAAGCCACACAACUCUUGGAGCACCAUUGUUCACAGGUGGAACAGAAACCCUUUGUAUGUGGUGUGUGCAAGAUGGGUUUCUCACUCCUCACUUCACUAGCUCAGCAUCACAGUGUGCAUAACGGUGGCUCUUUAAAGUGUUCUAUCUGUGAAAAAACCUGCAAAGCCAAUGAAGCAGAGCGGGUCUGCAUACCCACUGUCCCACCUGCUCCAGCUCCUCCUGCCCAGUCAACACAGGAAUCCCAUGACAGACCCUUUUGUUGCACUCUGUGCCAAAAACCUUUUAAGCAUCUCUCUGAGUUGUCUCGACAUGAGCGCGUGCACACAGGAGAGAAACCAUAUAAGUGUACAUUGUGUGAUAAAAGUUUCAGCCAGUCCUCGCAUCUGGUACACCAUAAGAGAACACACAGUUCAGAAAGGCCCUACAAGUGCACAGUUUGUGAAAAAAGCUUCAAACAUAGAUCACAUCUGUUGCGCCAUAUGUAUGCUCAUGCGGGUGAGCAGCUGUUUCAGUGUCAGACUUGCCAGUUACGUUUCAAAGAAUCUUCGCAGCUACUCCAACACCCAUGCACACCAGCAGGAGAGAGGCCUUUUCGCUGCAGUGCUUGCCAGAAAACCUUCCGGCGGCCAUCUGACCUGAGACAACAUGAGCGUACACAUAGUGAAGAAAGGCCAUUUCACUGCGACCUUUGUCAAAUGAGUUUCAAGCAGCAGUAUGCACUAAUGCGGCAUAGAAGGACACACAAAGUAGAGGACCCUUCCAAAUGCAACUUAUGUGAAAAGGAUAUGGUACAGCCAUCACAGCUUUUGUUUCACCAGCAUGGGGCUGAAAGCAUUUUCAAGUGCAAUGCUUGCCAGCGUGGUUUUAGUCAGUCCCAGGAAUUACUGCAGCAUAAAUGUGGGCAAAGCAAUACUGACCGACCUUUCCAGUGCAGUGUAUGCCACAAAGCAUACAAGAGAUCUUCUGCCUUACAAAAACACCAGACUACACACUGUGCAGAAAAGCCUUUACGAUGCACCGGCUGUGAGCGAAGGUUCUUUUCCUCCUCUGAGUUUGUACAGCAUCGCUGUGACCCAACACGAGAGAAACCAUUGAAGUGUUCAGACUGUGACAAGCGGUUCAAAUAUGCAUCAGACCUUCAGAGGCAUAGACGGGUACAUACUGGUGAAAAACCAUACAAAUGCUUGUCUUGUGACAAGAGUUUCAAGCAACGGGAACAUCUCAAUAAGCAUCAAAGUGUGCACAACAGAGAGCAGCAGUACAAAUGCUUAUGGUGUGGAGAGCGAUUUCAUGAACUGGGACAGUUACAGGAGCAUAGUGCUCAACACACUGCAGAUGGCACGUAUCAGGUGGCAGCCUGUCUGCCUUGAAAAUAUUCUCCCUUUUACCACUUUAUUACUAAAACAUCACCUGUUUUACAUCUUAAAACAAGAAUAUGUGCCAUUUUCCUUCUACCAAGCCUGUGUUAAUAGCUAGUAGUAUCAUGUGAUCAAACAUUCUUCAAUGUAUAAGCAUCUUGUAGAAAUUAAACUAGGUGUGCAGAAAUACAGCACUGCAGUCAUCCAAAGAUCCAUCCGUUUUUUUUUUUUUUGUUUUAAAUAAAAUUGGACCUAAAGUCUU